UGUAUUCAAGCAUACUAAUAUGUGUUGUGAGAUGUUGUUUGUAUAUUCAUUGCUUUGUCGAACACUCUAAUAUAUUAUGUAACUUAUCCUACCUUGUAAAAAGUAUCUUCAGAGAAUGUGGAGUAUAAACCGUGAAUAAUUUGAUAAGCGUUCGACUGCCUACUGUUUGACUGACUGCAGGAAUACUUUCUAACAUUAUUGAAAUGAGCUAUUAAAAUUCCUAUCUUGAAUUAUGAUCGUGUAACUAGGCAGGCAAUAGCGUGUAUCUAACAUAUAGUGCUGAUAAGAAUUAUCUUGUUAUAACAAACAACAUUCCUGUUAACAGGUUUUCUAACGUAGUGAGCUAGUAAUGUGUAACGUGAUUGUGUAACAAAUAUUAUUUCAAAGGCAUAUGAGUUUAAAAUAUUACAGUUUUUUAGAAGAUUUAAAAGUAUUAAUGAGAAAUGGAAUAAUUAAUAGAAAGUGUGAUUUAAAGAUCAUGCCAUAACAAGGUCUUCAAUAUAAAGAACACUACAUGAUGGACUUGUUAGAUUAACUAUGCCGGGUAACAAGAUUAAUAAGAUCAUUCUGACCAUAGUGUUAGCAGUACAUGUAUGUACAUUCUAUGUAGUGAAUGGUCAACAAUUGCACUGUUGGCAUUGCGUGGCAGACGACUGUUCUAAAGACCCCGCAGAUAAUUACAAAGCUUCCGAAAAAUUAUGUAGUGCUGGACAAUCAUGUCAAAAAGUAUACUUUGAAAUGGAAGAAGAGAAUGAUGAAGGAGAAUUCAUUGCCUUACAUACAUCUACUGUUCGGGGAUGCUCUCAUAACUGCAUAGAAAGAAAUGAUUUUGUAAAUUGCACGAAACAAUUAAAAACAUCACGUGGUUGUGUUCGUAAAAAUUGUUGUGAUGACGAUGAUUUGUGCAACAGUGCUAAUAAAACUUCACAUAAUUUAAUUUAUUAUAUGAUAUUGUUACUGUGUCUGUUUAGAAUACGUUCAUUUAUUUUCUUGACGAGAACUUUGUAGCCACUGGAGUCAGUUCCCAAAUAGCUCGAUUUCUUUGCUGCUGGUGUUGUUUUCUUUUUUUAAAGGGAACUAUAAUGAUUUCCCACAAGACAUGUCCUUCAACGCCCCCCGGAAUAAUUCCGAGAACUUGUCUAACAAGAGAUUUACUUUAAAGAUACUAGUGUUGGCUGUAUGGAGAGCAUAUGAUGGGAUCCUCUAUAUGUAUGUCCUCUAUAAAUAAAGUUUAAAAUAACUUACUUAGCACGAAGAAAACGCAGCGAUCACUGCGGUGUAGGUGUUAGCAUACUGGACAAGCUGGAUGAUGAAUCAAGAGACCCGUGGUUCGAGUCCUUGUUGCUACUUGGCGAUUUUUCGUGUGAUUUUUCUAUAAGUAUAGCCCUUUUAAAUAAAUAUGUAAUUCCUUUAUAUUUAAAUCCUUAUAUGUAGAAAUGGCUCACUUUUAUUAAACGUAGCAGAACAAAAAUUACAUUUUGUAUGUUCAAGUGUAUAAUGAAGUCUACAUCCGAAAUUAUGAUAAUAUAUGCAACAUUCGUUGACUUCAAUUUGGUAAAUGUUUUAUACAUUUUCUUUUUUAAACUGUUAAUCAUGUCAAAUUUUGUUACAUGUAUUUCUAAAUUUUGGUUAGGGUUAAAUUAUGACCGUACUUUUUUUUUUACAUUAUGUGUUCUUGCAAGUGCAUUUGUAUUGCUACCCUUGUUAUGCUUUAUAAUUAUUCAAUGUUGAACUCACAGGGUUUGGCCUGCUAAUAAAGCGUUCUGUAGAAGACUGACAUUGUAAUUAUGAUAUUUAGUAACACUAAUUCAUAAAUAAGAAAUAAAUAAUUGAUCCAAACUAACUUUAGACAUGUAUAUUGCAAUAUCUCAAGGAUCUUUAUGUAUUUUUUAAACAGUUCAUUUGAUAACGUUAAGAGAGUGAGCAUGCCAGAUCAUUGUAUGCUUUUGCUAUUGUUACCUUUGUUGUAAUAAAUAACAUUAAUUCCUAUUAGUUCAUGUUGUAAUCCAAAUGCAUAUACGAGUAAUAGGCCUUUGUUUAUAUUAUUUUAAGGCAUUAUUAUAAUACAGACUUAUGCAAUGUUCGGUAAAACCCACACGAUCUCCUGAUAUAACUGAUAUGGCUAGCAAUUGUUAAAAUGAUUCCCGAAAUGUCUGAAUAUUUUACUAGUCUUCGGGACAUAUAUAGGCUACCGUGUACAUCCAUACAUACGCAAAUACGCCGUGUGGAGGUUCAAUAAAUAA